GCUUUAAUCGCGAGGACAUCUUGCGUCGCUGCGCUGCUGUGGCGAACGAGGGCAUCAUCGAUUUUCAACUGUUUGAAGACAUUUUGAAGGAGCUGUGCAGUCCGCACGUGGACCCGGUAAGGAUCUUCUCGAAGAACGUCCCGACGGAGGUCGACUUUCAGGAGCUGCUGGCUGCGGUCAAGGUCGAAUGGCUGCAGCUCAGUACUGCGGAGGUGGUGCGGUUGGUACGCGCGAUGCUGGAAGGGGAGAUCCAUUUGGCAGGCCUGCAGGCCAUCUUUGACUUCAGCCAAGAUGGCCUGGUGUCCCCGCAGGAGUUGCAGCAGGCGAUGCAGCUGCUGCAGCCGGGGCUGUCAGAGGAGCGAGCCCAGCACCUAGGCUCCUUGAUUGCGCCCGAGGGGCAGGAACUGAGCUUCGCCGCCAUCAUCGACCGCCUGCUGCGCUUCGCGCCGCGGAGGUUGGAGGGCGCCGCCGCGGAGUGCCGCCCGCUGCGGGAGGGCCUGCUGCGAUGGGCCGCGCCUUCGGAUGGCUCGCCCUACACGGCGCUGCUGAGGUUCUUCCAGGCCUUUGAUGAGGACUGCGAUGGGGUCCUUUCGAUCGAGGAGGCGGUCCAGGGAUUGCGGCAGGUGCAAGAGCCGCCCGGUGAGGAUGGGUUGGAUUUGGGCUGGUGGCCCUUUGGGUCGCCGGGCGGUUUUUUGGAGCAGAUGCGCGGCAUCGUCGCCAGGCGCCCGGGGCUGAACCAGAACCAGCUCAGAGAUCUGGCUGAGCAGCUGGAUGCCAACAACUCAGGCACCUUGUCCUUCCUGGAGCUGGCGAGGGGCUUGCGAGACGGGCCAGAGCUGGAGGCGGAGGACUCGAGCGCGACGCCGGUAUCGCAGCGCACGGCCUGCGCCAUCCUGGAGCACCGCGAGGCCCUGCUACGGGGCUGCCGCAGUCUGGAUGAAGGCAGCGGCCAGGUGGCGCCCGAGGACUUCCUGGCGCUGCUGCGCGCGGCGGAUGCGGAGGCCGCGCUGGGCCUCGAGCUGCGGCAGCCGGUGGCCUACGUGGCCGCGCGGCCGGAGAUGCUGUCCAGCUUCGAGGUGGUGCUGGAUCAGGGGCGAGCGGACGACCCGAUGGCUCCGCGCGUUUGCGGAGCCGUGGACUGGAGGGGCGUUGAGCAGCUCGCGAGCCCCGGGUGCCCCACUAAGCCCAAGGUGAAGGAAGCUAAGAACCGUGAGCGCAGCCGCAGCCGCAGCCGCAGCGGCGGCGGCGGCGGGGGACGGCAGAAGCGACCCGAUGACUACGGCGUGGACACCUUGAAGAUCACCGACGACGACGCCGCCUUUAUCCUGGGCAAAGGGGGCAAGACCAAGGAGAAGAUUGCAAAGGUUGCUGAGGCGGAGAUCGAGCUCUUCGAGCGCGACCUGAUCCUGGAGAUCCGGGGCUCCAAGAUGCAGCGCAAGCGCGCGAAGAAGUACUGCGAGGGCGUGAUGGCACAGCGCACGGGCCCCGUGUCGGUCACCGACGACUAUGAUGACGAUGACCUGACCCUGCUACAGGUGCCGCAGGAGGCGGUCGGCUUCGUCACGGGCCGUGCUGGAAACUUCCUGCGCAGCAUCGAGGACCAGUGGACAACUCUCAUGUUCUUCUGCGAGGUGGACAAGGGCAGAGGCCGCGACAAGGCCUUCGAGAAGCUGGCCAUCUUCGGUACCAUCCGCGCCCGCCGGGGUGCGGAGCUGUUGGUGUUGAGCGCGGUGGAGACGAAGGUGCCGGGCUACUUUGGGAACAUCAGGGACGAGGUUCUGGACCGGGACCGGCACAGGGAUGCCACCGGCACCUGGAGCACCGACACCAUGCAGUUCCAGGAUGACGAGCUGAGCUACGCGCUGGGCAAGCAGGGCGGCACCCGGAAGAAGCUGGAGCGGUCUUCAGGUGCGGUGGUGCAGUACGUGGGGCAGACCGCCCUCUUCUCCGGCCCCAAGACGGAGCGCAAGCGCGCCAAGGAGUACAUGAAAUGGCUCUUCAUGCAGCUCGAGGGCCCUGUCUGGGUGGACAACUGGGAGGAGCGAGACGACAUCACGGUUUUGGACAUCCCCAGCGACUGUAUCGGCUACGUCACCGGCAGCCGCCGAGCCGCCCUGGGCGGAAUGGAGGAAGAGUGGGGCACUCUGAUGUUCUUCAUGACGAAGCCCGGCUCAGGGGGCAAGGGGGACCGCCGCAGCGGCGGCCCGGGCUUCGGGGAGCAGCUGGCCAUCCUGGGCCCGGAGCGGGGCCGCCGGGGCGCGGAGCUGAAGGUCAUGAGCUCGGUGGAGGAGAAGGCGCCGGGGCAGUACACGCGGGGCAUCCGCGAGAAGUUCUCGGACUCGAGGGGCUUCUCCACGGAUCGGAUGAUCUUCAAGGAUGACGAGCUGAGCUACGCUCUGGGCAAGCAGGGCAGCACCAGGAAGAAGUUGGCACUGGCCUCGGGUUGCAUCAUCCAAUACGUGGGCCACGUGUGCUUCCUCGCCGGCACCAUGGCGGAGCGGCGCCGCGCGAAGGAGUUCCUGGACUGGCUGCUCCAGCAGCGCCGCGGCCAGGUCACCGUGAACAACAUCUCGGAGCGGGAUGAUGUCACGGAGGUCUUCAUCCCGGAGAACUGCAAGGGUUGGGUGACCGGGAACCGGGGCAGCGAGCUGCGACGCAUGGAGCUGGAGACGGGGACCUAUAUGUUCAUGGCCUUGGACAAGCGCGGGGAGGAGCGGCUGCUCAUCUUCUCGGUGGACUCGGGCUCCAAGACCUCGGAGAAGGGCCGCGCGGCGGCCGAGCGUCUGGUGAACGAGAUGAUCCAGGAAAAGCUGCGAGGGGACGAAGGGCGCGGACGCUCCGAUUCCCGGCCGCGCUCAGAUUCCAGGCGCCGUCGCUCCCGCACCCCGCCGCGCCGGCGCUCGCCCUCUCCGCGGCGAAGGUCCCCGUCGCGGCGCAGGGGACGUUCGGACUCCAGGAGGCGAUGA